GCAAAGUGAAAUGAAGCGCUGCAGAGCGGACACAAAAAAGCGUGUGCAGGGUGCUGGGUGCUGGGCACCGGGUGGGAACGGGCGGUCCGAUCAUCUGUCGUCUUGCUCUUCAUUUCUCUCCUCCCACUCCUCCUUUUCCUCCUUGCCAUCCCUUUUCGCUCGGUUCACAUGUGGCACCCUAUCAAUCGCCUGUGUGACUAUCGGACGCCGGUGUCUCGUCGUAGUCCUGCUGGGUUCCUGCACCUGUGGCGGGGAGACCGCCAUGGUGUUCAGCGCCUUCGACGUCGACGGCGACCAGACAGUCAGCCUGAAGGAGUUUCUGGAGACCUGCUCGUUUUUGAUGCAGGUCGUCAAGGACGGUCAGGUUAUCACGAACUGGCGCCAGAAGGAGCUGCGGAGCCUGAAGGAGCCCGCCCUCAGGCCGCGCCCUCGCCGACCCGCGGCUGGAGCUCGGCCGCUCCCGGACGGCCCGGAGCGACCCCGGGCUCCUGCUCCCGGCGCCCGCUCGGGCCGCCGGGCGCGGGAGAUCGUGCGCGCCGGCACGAACUGCAGUAGGGUUGGGUGGGGUGAGUUCGGUGCCGCCUCCCACUCCCCAUCGUACCUGCUCGAGGGUUGAGCGCGGCAGCGCGUCCCCCUCCGUGCGACCCUCCUGCACGCGCAUGGCGGGGGUGGCUGCGCAUGGGCAAGAUGCCCCGCGCGCAGCCGCUCGAGGAUAGGAG